UUCAAAGCAGAACAAACUAUAUCACCUCUCAGGAAGAAGAAGAAGAAGAAAAAGAAAGAAACUACAAGAUUGACGUAAAAAAGAUUAAACUAUUCGGACGCAUCGAGCCGCACGCAGCACAAUCGGAUGUGAGUGGAAGUGUUAGGAAACACCUCCAGCACCAAGUGCCUUUUCCUCGUCUCCGGCAAGCCUGUGGGAAGUUUUUUCUCCCUCAUACACACAUGAUCUGCUCCAAACGCACUCGUUUUGGACCACAGGGGACUCUUAUGUAUCCAUAGAUUGUAUAACAGACGCAAUCGGGAUCGGAUAUACGCGUACGAAGCGCGCGGUUUGGUGAGUAGGAGUGCAUGCAUAAAUGCCAAGAAACUGCAUUAAAGAGUCAUCAUCACCCAAGGAAAACGAGAUCUUUCUGUGGAGGAUGGAUCUGCCCAACAAGGAAAGACGGUCACCGGAAAACGGCCCAAAUCGGCGCUGUUGCUCAAGCUUCAAGAUGUUCCUCGUGGCCUUGUCCUUCGCCUAUUUCUCCAAGGCUUUAUCCGGGAGCUAUAUGAAAAGCACAAUAACUCAGCUGGAAAGACGCUUCGACAUCCCCAGUUACUUAAUAGGAGUCAUUGACGGCAGCUUUGAAAUAGGCAACUUGUUAGUGAUCGCCUUUGUGAGUUACUUUGGUGCCAAACUUCACCGUCCGAAGAUCAUCGCCAUCGGCUGCCUGUUGAUGUCACUCGGGACGUUUCUCAUUGCUUUGCCCCACUUCAUAAUCGGCCGAUAUAAGUUUGAGACGUCGAUCCGCUUGUCUGUGAACUCCAGCAGCAGCCUCUCUCCGUGCCCACUGAGCUCCGCUGAACCCAGCACAUCUUCAGUGCCCAGCGCAGGUUGUGAACACGAGUCUCGGUUGUCGAUGUGGAUUUAUGUGUUUCUGGGGAAUAUCCUGCGUGGGAUUGGAGAGACUCCAGUGCAGCCGCUGGGAAUCUCCUACAUCGAUGAUCACGCUCUGGAGGAGAACGCAGCUUUCUACAUCGGAUGUGUCCAGACUAUCUCCGUCAUCGGGCCGGUUUUCGGGUAUCUGCUGGGCUCCGUCUGUGCCAAGAUAUACGUGGACAUUGGGUUUGUCAACAUGGAGAGCAUCAGCAUCACUCCAGGAGACGCGCGCUGGGUCGGUGCCUGGUGGCUGGGUUACCUGAUUGCCGGAUUCAUUACCCUGCUCUCAGCCGUGCCCUUCUGGUUCCUGCCCAAGUCUUUACCGCUGCCAGAGAGACGACUGGGCAAAUACUCUCCGGAGCGCAGCAGCUUCAUCAAAGACUCGGCUCUGCUGGAGCACAAAUACCAGGCAGACGAGCCGGCUAACUUCCUGGAAAUGGCCAAAGACUUUUUGCCAACGCUGAGAUCUCUCCUGGGGAACCCGGUCUACUUUCUGUAUCUGUGUGUGACCAUCAUCCAGUUCAACUCUCUGAUCGGCAUGGUCACAUACAAACCAAAAUACAUCGAGCAGCAUUACGGACAGUCUGCAUCCAAAGCCAACUUCCUGAUGGGAGUUAUCAACAUCCCAGCCGUAGCCUUGGGAAUGUUUUCGGGCGGCGUGAUCAUGAAGAAGUUCAAGCUGAGCAUCAUGGGAGCAGCCAAGUUUGCGUUGGGAACGUCUCUGCUGGGUUAUUUUCUGUCUCUCUUCUUCUUCAGCAUGGGCUGUGAAAACGCAAGCGUGGCUGGAAUCACCACCUCCUACAACGGGACGGAGAGUCUGUUUAUGGCGGACGGCUCUCUGCGAGCGUCCUGCAACGCGGCCUGUCAUUGCCCUGAAAAGAACUGGGACCCGGUGUGCGGAGAAGACGGCCUCACCUACGUGUCCCCGUGCCUGGCUGGAUGCCGGACGUCCCACGGCUCAGGAAUGGACACGGUGUUUGCGCAGUGCAGUUGUAUAGGAGUUGGGAAUCAGACAGCCACCGCAGGCCAAUGCAACAACAGGGAAAGCUGCCAUCGAAUUUUCCCGUACUUCCUGGCUCUGUCCGUCAUCACUUCCUUCAUUAUAUCACUAGGAGGAACGCCGGGAUACAUGCUGCUCAUCAGAUGCAUCAAACCUCAGCUGAAGUCUUUAGCUUUGGGUUUUCACACUCUGACCACACGUACUCUGGCGGGGAUUCCAGCUCCGAUAUAUUUCGGGGCCAUCAUUGACACCACCUGUCUGAAGUGGGGACACAAGAAGUGUGGUGGAAGAGGAGCCUGUCGAAUCUACAACACAGCGGCCUACAGAAUAGCGUAUCUGGGCCUGACGUUGGGUUUGCGCACCGUUUCCUUCUUCCUGUGUAUCCUCGGUUUGUUGGUUUUGCGACGGCACGUUCAGAAGCAGAAGCACAGCACAAUGCUGAACGGAGGAUCAGCAGCGGCCGGAGAACUGCAGGCGCUCAGAAAAGAAGAAAACAACAGCUGUAACUCAGAGCAGUGUGCACCACAUAACUCAGAUUACGACCCGGAGCGGGAGACGCGACUGUGACGCUCGCGCAGAGAGAAAAAAAACGUCCGCGACGCCUGAUUUUAUGAGUUAACACUUUCUAUCGGACCCAUGUAAAUGAUGUGAAAUACUGAAAAAUCUGUUGUUUUGAUAUAGUAGAACUAUUUCUUGAAUGUACAUGAUGUUUGAGUUAAAAAAAAAGAUGAAGAAUGUCUUAAAAACUACCUAAUCUGUUUGAAGAUGCUUUUAUAAGUGUCUUAACGUCAAGACGAAACAUUGGAUUUCCGCUUAUUCAAGCCAUCGUCGUGCACAGGCCCGUAACGAUAACAAGAUUAUUAUAUCUUGCAUCUCGUUUUUUUCUGAAGGAUCGCGAAAUUGCCUAUUUAUAACAAGGUUGAAUUAAAAAAAUUCAAGUUAUAGAUUCGCAGUUGAUAUCACAGACUUUUCAGAUGAAUAUAUUUGAUAGAUUCUGCAAGAAUUACUGCAUAUUAACUCGCAAUUGUUAGCAAUGCUGGAUUCGAAAUUGCAUUUGUCUGAAAUAUUGGCAUUUCUGAGAAAAGAAAAGUGUGAAGGAGUGGUAUGUUUACACAACACAGUACUCAACUAAAAAUGUAACAUUUCUGCGUGCUCAUUUACAUGCCAAUAGUAUUGUUAAGCCGUGGUCACACUGCACUUUUCGCCCUAUAGAGUUCUGUUCAUACACAACCGAAUGUGACAGACCUCGUGCGACAAUCUUCGCAGUUUGCUGCAUUGGAAAGUUCAAGCUAGGUAAACUCUGACCUGCAAAAUCAUCGCAAGUGACUGCAUUAGACCAAUUGAAGAUUAAAACAUGACCUCUCUAUAAAAUAUAGACCAAUCACUCGCUUUUUUAAAUGUCUAAUGAUCUUGUUUAAUCCCAUCCCUUUUCGCAGCAUCGUACAACAGAAUUUCGCAAGCUCAAACUCUAAUGUGACCGCAGCUUUAUGGGUUAAACUGUUUAGACUUUUAAAAAUGGGUUUUAAACAUCGCCAUCUACUGGCCUGAUGUCCACCGUACAAAGACAUGUCCACUUAUGUGUGUGAACAGGGAUCGUUUUGGCUACUGCCGUCUGGUCACAACACUUUUUAUAUAGUGUGGCUCUCAAUUCUGACAAAGCCAACAAUGCUUUAAAGAAAACUUAAACAGAAAGCCUAGAUAUACAGUUAAAAUUAUUAGAGAAAAAUGAUUCGCCUCCUGUGAAAUUUUAAUUAAUUUUCACAUAUUUCUCAAGUGAUUUUUAACGGAGCAAGGACAUUUUCACAGUAUUUCCAAUGUUUUUUUCUGGAGUCUAAAAUCUUCAUUUUUUAAGUUUGGUUGGAAUAAAAGAAAGAAAAUUACUUUAAGGCCAAUAUAAAAAGACACUUAAAGACACUUUAAGACUUUUAAUUGGCUGCAGAAGAAACCACUGUUGUGCAAUGACUUGCCUAAUUAACCUAACCUGCCUAAUUAACCUAAUUAAGCCUUUAAAAGUCACUUUAAGCUGAAUACUAGUGUCUUUCUAAAUAUUAUGCAGUGUCAUCAUGGCAAUGACAAAGGAAAUUAGUUAUUAAAGCUAUUAAGUUUAAAAAUAUGUUGAAAAACAUUGUUAAACUAUAAAGUGAUGCAGAGUACAGAAUUUCUAAUCAUUUUUUACACUAUUGCCGUGUGCUUUUUCCAUUUUUAGUGCACUGUUGUUGUGUAAACACACCCUCAGAUUGCUAAGAAAAUCAUCAGAAUUGCGAGAUAUAAGCUAGAAGUCCCAGCACAUUGAAUAUCUGCUCAUUAUAAGCCAUAAUGGAGCACAGGCCCACAGGAAUAUGCAUAUAAUGCCUGGCGGGCUCAUCUUCUCUUCUGCCAUAAACACACACAGACUGAUGCCUGAAGCAGUUGACCACGACACUGUGUGCUAAAUGUAGGUAGCGUUAGCCUAUAGGCGGACUAUCAUUUGUUUUUAGAUUAUCGUCAGGAAAGGAAGCGCAUCAGAGAUGCUCACCGUUGUGCUUUUCCAGCAGUUACUCCAUUAAAGAAACAGGAGGAAAGCAUGCAAACAGGUGCGUAUGUAGGAUAUCAUCUUCAAGAUCGAUGUUGUGCAGUGUCACUGUGAGAAAUGUUGUGCGUGUGUGUGUGUUAUUUUACCUGUGAACGGGUGCAUUCCUGUGCCAAAAAAAAAAAGAUAAAAAAUUACACAAAAAAAGUGUGAGAAAGGAAACAUGGUCUAUUCUCAGGUUGUUCAAUCAAUUGUUCCUCAAAUUUGCAAAUAAUUAUUCUUUUAUACACUUGUAUAAAUGUUUCCUUUCUGUCCUUGGAAUAAUUUGUUCAUUUUGGGCAAUUGAAGUUUACCACUAACAACAACAACCACCACCACCACCAAGGAAAGGGUUUUUAUUUGUGACGAGUGGCAUUUAUGACUUGCUUUUAUGUUAGGCAGUACAUCAUUUCAUUUGCUAUGUUUUUGUAUACUUUAAAAAGUGAAUAUCCUGAUGUGUAAAAAAGAACUAAUGCAUUUAUUUGAAAGAUUAGAUGCAUUCUUUUAAAAAAUAAAAUGAUUUGCUACAAAAGAAAACCGUACUAUUUUACAAAGGAUCUACUAGCCUUUUCACUUUAAUGGUGAAAAUACAAUCACAGCAAAAUGUAAACAACUCACGAGGCACUUGCGCAGAUCAUUUCUGCAUUAUUAUUAUAAGAACUACAAUAUGAUUGUUCAGCUAUAAGCUAUAUUUGACCACAUUUGACAGGUAGAUGUCGAUACAAUAAAGUCAUAAACAUUCCCUCUUAAGACAUUUCA